CUUUAACAAAAAAAGAAGCUAAUUUGGCUAAAUUAUCAGCAGCCUUAUUUGGCAAUCUAUUUACAAAAUUGAAAGAAUGCAGAUUUCUAUAAUUUAUCAACAGAGCAGAGUGUUGGAGAACACCUAAAAAGUCGUUCCAACCAUCAACAAGUCUCUUGCAAUCCCUUCCAAGUCCAUCUGAAUGCAAUUGCCUCUGCCACGUGAGGUUUAUAACAGCAAGGAAUAAACAAAGACCAAGCCUUAAGACGGUCAUGGCCCAAUAACCGCCUUUGUACAAAGAGAGUUCCUGCACGUGCCACACACGUGAGUGUGUCUUUUGGAUUCGAUCACUUCGACAUCUCCCAUUGACGACGCGCUUGCCCUAGCAGCAGCUUCUCUCCUCUGCCGUUUGCCGUGCUCCGCGCUCCUCGUCCGUUUGUGCCUGAGCUCCCGUCCAUGCCGCCCAUGUAACUUCCGUUACCACUCACAAAGGCAGAUAACGUGGUUGGCCAAUUUCAUAAACUUCAAAAACCUCCACCUCAGGCUCAACUAUCUGACUCAACUUCAGAGGGAUCACAUCGUGAGCUUCCUUCGCUUAACAUUGUUCGUAGUGCUUUUGUUAAGUAUGGUAUGGGCAUGGAGUAUUGAAAUUUGACGUCUUCGUGUUCAACGCACUUGUUCUCAUCAAUUGUAUGUGUAGUAAGUAUUCUUUUCAUUUCAUUCAUCGUCUUAUUGCGCACGUCCCCCAUCCUCGGCUUCUCCUUCGUGGAGCACUCUUACUCCGUCACCCAACACAUCCAGUAGGGACUAAUUUGGAAUUUAUUAGAAAGGAAGACAAGGAUGAGAUUCAUGUCAUGGAUGUUCCACUGCCACUGGAUAAAUUGGCUUUAGAUUUGAUUGAUAAUGAGCCCUCCCCUGCAAACAUGAGCAACAGCAGGAUAUAUGUAAUUCUGGUGGCAACUGGAAGCUUUAAUCCACCUACUUUCAUGCAUUUACGCAUGUUUGAGCUUGCAAGAGAUGCAUUGAAUUCAGAUGGCUACUGUGUAAUUGGAGGUUACUUGUCUCCUGUGAAUGAUGCAUACAAGAAAAAGGGCCUAAUAUCUGCUGAACAUCGAAUACAAUUAUGUCAUUUCGCCUGCAAAAGUUCAGAUUUUAUAAUGGUUGAUCCAUGGGAGGCAAGUCAGAGCACAUAUCAACGCACUUUAACUGUUCUCUCCAGAGUCCACAAUUCAGUUUGUGAGACAGGGUUGGUAUCUCAAGAAUCCCUCAAGGUCAUGCUUCUUUGUGGUUCUGAUCUCCUUCAUUCUUUUAGCAUUCCUGGAUUCUGGAUUCCUGACCAGGUUAAAACUAUAUGCAAAGAUUAUGGAGUAGUCUGCAUUCCCAGGGAAGGACAAGAUGUUGAGAAGACUAUAUUUAAAGAUGACAUUCUGAAUGAGAAUAAGGAUAAUAUCAAAGUUGUGAAUGAACUUGUUCCAAAUCAAAUCAGCUCAACCAGAGUAAGGGAUUGCAUUGCAAGAGGACUAUCUAUAAAAUACCUUACCGCGGAUGAAGUGAUUGAUUAUAUCAGAGAGCAACAAUUAUACUUGAACUAAUGAUAAAUUAUUACUACUGUUUUUCAUUACAUUCUGUAGACAUGGGUCUUUGCAAGAACCACUGUGCAUCGCUAUCCGAGCCAAUUUUCUAUAAACAGAUGAUUUUUCAUUUUUGUGUUGUAAAUUUGCAGAUAAAUAAAUAUUACAUAAUUUAUGUAAUCGAAUUGCAAAUACUACUGUUGAAAUUGCAACCUAAUGCCUUUAAGACUUUGGGUUAGAUGUAGUAUAUUAAGUUUAUUUGUUAAGGGUUGAUGGGGAUCUCUGCAAUUUGUUUGUGUAAAAAAAAAUAAAAAUUGAGCCGGGGAUAUUCUUGAUUGGAGCCCUGAUAUAUUGAAAUUUA